AUGGGUGUGGGAAUGGAAUUGGGAUCGGGAACGCUUCCGCAUGCAUUUGCUAGACAUCAGGCCAGUCAUCAGAAGACCAAAAGAAAGUGCGUGGCUCAGGGCCCCUGGCGGGCUAAUGGAACUGCACUGCGUUUCCAGGAACUGGAGCGGAACAAUGACGACGACGCUGGCCAUGAUGACGCUGCACCCGGGCAGGCGGCCUCUCCAAUUUCUGGUGGAGUAAUUAAUAAGAAGAUGAGAUCCCAACAACUGUAUGGACUUCUGCUGCUGCUCCUCCUGACCUUUUGGGUCACGGGCACAAUUAUUAAAACGGAAUUGGACAUGGACUGCGAACUGAAUGCUGUCGAUACAAUGAUUCUCUUCAAUCUUAUAAUGCAGCACGACUUCUGCUGCGAGCUGCACGACGAAAGUCCGCAGUUCAGCGACUGCCAGAUGCAAUCGAAGAUCCCCUACCAGACGGAUGAAGAGGAGCAGACGUUCAUGUUUUGCACCGCAGAGUGCAGUUUCAACAAAACAGAGUUCCUAGACAGGGAUCGACAGUCGCUGAACUUGGUUGAGGUAAAGGAGCACUUGGAAAGCGACCUGGUCAACGAUGCGGAUGUGGAGCUCCUUUAUGACACCUACGUCAAGUGCGACAAGCAUGCGCUCUCUCUUUUGGCGCACAAGACUGUUAGGCAGCUAAACAGUCGCCUCUCCCGCCACGGCUGCCAUGCGUAUGCCGGCUUAAUGCUCGAGUGCGUGGCCAACGAGAUGAUCCUCCACUGCCCGCCAAAGCGUUUCCAGCAAACAGCCCAGUGCGAAGAGACCCGCAAUUAUCUCAAGCGAUGCAUGCAGUAUCUAAAGUACACAAUCUAG